CCUUGCGCAGUCGGCAGUACGGCGUAUGAGUAACACAUUUUUAAUAGGCCUGAUUACGGAGUGGCGACUGGCGAGGGCCUAUUGAUUUCUUGUUUAAUUUGGUUUCGUCGCUUGUGAAAUCCGUUCGCACACGGAUGCGGCGAGCCUUAUCUGUUAAUUUAUAAUUUUGUGUGCAGUGUCAUUAGAAAUCCGAAAAAUGGGUUCGUUGUUUCGCAGUGAGGAAAUGACUUUAUGUCAGCUCUUCCUGCAAAGUGAAGCCGCUUAUGCAUGCGUGUCGGAAUUAGGGGAACUUGGACUUGUACAAUUCCGCGACUUAAAUCCUGACGUGAAUGCUUUUCAACGUAAAUUCGUCAAUGAGGUCCGGCGUUGCGAUGAGAUGGAAAGGAAGCUUAGAUAUCUGGAGAAGGAGAUCAGAAAAGAUGGAAUCCCCAUGCUGGAGAUUCCUGGAGAAUGUCCUGAAGCCCCACAGCCCAGAGAGAUGAUUGACCUUGAGGCUACCUUUGAGAAACUAGAAAAUGAACUUCGCGAAGUAAACCAAAACGCAGAAGCUCUGAAGAGGAACUACCUCGAGCUCACAGAGCUGAAGCACAUCUUGAGAAAAACUCAAGUUUUCUUCGAUGAGCACGAGGGCGGUGCCAAUAUCACCACUGAGUCCAUGACGCGUGCGCUCAUAUCCGACGACCCCAACAGACAUUUGGGACAAGUCCAACUAGGUUAUCGGGACAAGCAAGAGUCCUUGGAAUUCCUGCCCUGUUUCGUCGCUGGAGUUAUCCUCCGGGAACGCAUCCCGGCAUUUGAAAGGAUGCUAUGGAGGGCCUGCAGAGGAAAUGUCUUUUUGAGACAGGCUGAAAUUGAUACACCAUUGGAAGAUCCAUCUUCGUCGGACCAAGUAUACAAGUCGGUGUUCAUAAUCUUCUUCCAAGGAGACCAGUUGAAGACUCGCGUAAAGAAAAUUUGCGAGGGCUUCCGCGCCACUCUGUACCCAUGCCCUGAAGCGCCUGCUGACCGAAGGGAGAUGGCUAUGGGUGUCAUGACCAGGAUUGAAGAUUUGAAUACGGUACUCGGUCAAACCCAAGACCAUCGUCAUCGCGUUCUGGUCGCCGCAGCCAAGAACAUCAAGAAUUGGUUCGUCAAAGUUCGCAAGAUUAAGGCCAUCUACCAUACGUUGAACCUGUUCAACCUGGAUGUCACUCAAAAGUGUCUGAUCGCGGAGUGCUGGGUUCCGGCUCUUGACAUGGAGACCAUACAACUGGCUCUUAGGAGGGGAACGGAACGCAGUGGCAGUUCGGUUCCGCCCAUCCUGAACCGGAUGGAGACGCUGGAAGACCCGCCCACGUACAACCGGCACAACAAGUUCACCAUUGCCUUCCAGAACCUCAUCUACGCGUAUGGUGUCGCCACCUAUCGGGAGGUUAACCCAGCCCCAUACACCAUAAUAACGUUCCCGUUCCUCUUUGCGGUGAUGUUUGGAGAUUUGGGCCAUGGGGCUCUAAUGGCCGCUUUUGGAUUCUGGAUGUGCUACAAGGAGAAACCUCUGCAGGCAAAGAAGAUUGACAGUGAGAUCUGGAACAUCUUCUUCGGCGGACGGUACAUCAUUCUGCUCAUGGGUCUGUUCUCAAUGUACACUGGGCUCAUAUACAACGACAUCUUUUCGAAAAGUCUCAACAUUUUCGGCUCUUCUUGGAGGAAUAACUACAACAUCAGUACCCUCGAGGAGAACAAGCUGCUGCAACUCAACCCUGACUCCUGGGACUACCUUCAGGCUCCGUACCCCUUUGGAAUCGAUCCAGUUUGGCAGCUGGCUGAAGCGAACAAAAUUAUCUUCAUGAACGCCUACAAGAUGAAGAUCUCCAUCAUCAUUGGGGUAUUCCACAUGCUGUUUGGAGUCUGUAUGUCGCUGUGGAACCACUUGUACUUCAAACGCCGCAUCAGCAUCUACGUGGAGUUCAUCCCUCAGAUCGUUUUCCUGACUGUGCUCUUCUUCUACAUGGUGCUGCUGAUGUUCAUGAAGUGGACGUUUUACGGAGCCACCAUCGGCCACUUCGGAAGCCAAGAAGAAGAUAUCGUGAAGUCGUCUGGCUUCUGCGCUCCCUCCAUCCUGAUCACGUUCAUCAACAUGAUGCUGUUCAAAACCGAUGAGAACCCGCGGACCCAGUGCGACCCCACCAUGUACCCUGGACAGAUUGGACUGCAAAAGUUCUUUGUGUUGGUGGCUCUUGUGUGUGUGCCUGUGAUGUUGUUCGGCAAACCCUACUACAUCAUGCAAGAGAGGAAGAAAAGGGCGCUUCAAGGCCAGCAGCCUUUGGCUGAAAAUGCCGAAAAUGGAACAGCCGGUGGAGCUCCCGUGCCUAGCUCGCAUCAUCAGGAUGAAGAAAUCUCAGAAGUCUUCAUUCACCAGGCGAUCCACACCAUCGAGUACGUCCUCGGCAGCAUUUCCCACACGGCGUCGUACCUUCGCCUGUGGGCGCUGUCCCUGGCCCACGCCCAACUGGCCGAGGUGGCCUGGAACAUGCUGCUCCGCAAAGGCCUGAAGUCCGGCGGGUACGAGGGCGGAGUGUUCCUGUACGUGGUGUUCGCGGGAUGGGCCGCCAUCUCCGUCUCCAUCCUUGUGCUCAUGGAGGGACUGUCCGCCUUCUUGCAUACGCUGCGUUUGCACUGGGUCGAGUUCCAGAGCAAAUUCUAUGCGGGUGAAGGAUACUUAUUCCAACCCUUCUCCUUCGAAGUUAUCCUCGAUUCCGCGGGACAAGGCGAGGAGUAAAUCAUAAAUAAAUAAAUAAAAUAUAAAUGUUAAUCGUGUUUAGAGAACUUCAAAAUAGAAAUUUUGGCGAAUAACGCCAUCUGUGUAUCGCGUAUGAGGUUCCCUUAGGGACGAUGUUUACUGUUUGAAGAGAAUUAAAAAUCUAUAUUUAUAUUUCCUUUAUUCUUCCUUACUUCUCUAUUACAACUGUAUAAUGUUUUACGCAUGCGCGUAGAUCGCUUAACAGCUCCGUUUGUAAUCGCUUUACCCAUUUUAAUCCAGUUAUUUAGUGAUAGGAUUUAAAAUGUGAAUUAUAUCCCAAUGUUAGCUCGUUCGAGAUGUGAGAUUGUAUCGAUUAGUUUUUAUUCAUUUUUAUAAACAUUUUUUAUAAGUUGAAAUGUACUUAAAUCUGAUUUUUGAAUUAUAUCCCGAGGCUCUCUUUAAUGUAUCAUUCCAGUAAGUCCAGAAAUCAGCUUACGGUAGGGUUUAUUGUUGAAUCAGAAAUAAAUAUUGUAGCUUG